CCAUGGUGCGAAUGAAUGUUCUCAGUGAUGCUCUCAAGAGUAUUAACAAUGCUGAAAAACGCAACAAGAGGCAAGUGCUUCUGAGACCUUGCUCCAAAGUCAUCGUCAAAUUUCUUACUGUGAUGAUGAAGCAUGGUUACAUCGGCGAAUUUGAAAUUGUUGAUGACCACCGUAGUGGUAAAAUUGUUGUAAACCUUUCCGGAAGGUUGAACAAAUGUGGAGUUAUCUCUCCAAGAUUUGAUGUUCCAAUUACUGAUAUUGAGAAGUGGACGAACAAUCUCUUGCCUUCUCGUCAAUUUGGAUACGUUGUCUUGACAACCAGUGGAGGUAUCAUGGACCACGAAGAAGCAAGAAGAAAACACUUGGGAGGCAAAAUCCUAGGAUUUUUCUUU